CAUGCAUUUGUCUUGUACACUGUUCUUGCACUGUGUUUGCUAUUUUUUCUGUCUUACUUUCCUUUUUAAAUCUGUUUAGAAAAAAAAAGUUUUAGUGCAUUGAGCUGUAAGCAUAACAUUAAUGAGCAUUUUGGUACAUAAUAUACAUCUUUAGUUUAAAUAAAGAUCACAUAAUUCAAGAGUCACUUUACUUUUUUAAAUUUUAUGUCAAGUUAAAAUAAGACGAACAAAUUAAAUUGAAUGUUGUAUUUUUAUUUUUUUUUUUGUUUUUACAUCAAUUAAAUUUUGUGGUAGGCAUUUUAGGUCUGUGUCUGUCUCACUCUUAGGGAGUUAUAAAAAGUUGUGCGAAGCUUUUGGGUUGACAACUUGACAUAGAUAUUGGUAAUUUUGGCCAUGGUUUUCCCAUUAAUUGGUAAUUUACAUACUGCAGUUCCUCCCCUUCUCAGGUUUUUGUAGUUUAUAUGCUUUACUUUUUUAGUCUUUUGCUUUGUUAAUAUCUUGGAUGAUGUUAUGAGUUCCAUUAUUAUGUAUUGUGUUUCUUCCAGUUUUAUGCAAUUACUCUUUAUAACUACUAUUUCAGUUGGUUUAUCAGUGAGAGAUUUUUGUUAGGGGUGUCAAAUGAUCGCGUUGGGCUGAAUUUGGGCGGGUCAUAUUUUUCAUUAAUUAAUUUUGCAAGUACAAAUAGCGUCCACCGGUCACUUUUAAGUAUUGUCCUGGACAUUAUCCAGGGCCACAAGUUGGCUAUUUAUGAAAUUUUUCCUAGCUUUGCCACCCAUAGGUUUGUACACAAAUUUAUACAUCGAGAAUAAUUGAUGGAAUGAUACAACCCAAAGAAAGUAGGAAAUUAAAGAAGCUGUUAUUCAUGAAUGUGGAUCAGCUUUGUCCAAAUUCUCACUUGAAUGGGGGGAAUGAAGCAGAAGAAGAUGUUAGAGCUUGGUUCCCUUGCCCUUUCUGUUAUGUCGAAAUUGAAGUGCCAACGCUGUGCAGUCAUUUGCAAGAUGAGCAUUGUUUUGACUUAAAAAACGCGGUCUGUCCCAUAUGUGCUGCAACUUUGGGGAAAGAUCCUACCGGACAUUUUUCUGUCCAACAUGCACAAUCAGUAAAGAGGAGGAGAAAUUACCUAAAACCUGGCUUCUGGAAUAACACCACAGCUAUGAUCGGAAAGGAUUCUCGAGAAAUAACUUCAUUUUUUGGUACAAAUUCAGCAUUUGGUCGGUAUAAGGUUCAAGAAUCUGCUCCCGAUCCACUUCUACUGCCAUUUCUCUGCAAUACUCCUCCGUUUGAUCCUAAAUGCAGGCAGCAAGAUAAGUCCUCUGUUUGUGACGCUGCUACUACUGAAAUAGGAAGCAUCAAGUUAGCUGUAUGCGAUCCAGCGCUAGAAGAGGAUUUUGAAGAGAAAGGGCAGAGAGCUGCAUUUCUUCAAGAGCUGGUUGCUUCAACUAUCUUUUAGGAAAUCAACCAAUUUUUUGGAUGCCAUCCAUCAACAUGAAGAUGAUCUGCUUUCAUAGAAUCAUGCAGGCGAUGAUUGUUCCAAAUUACUAGCAGAAGUCAUGUAACACUAGAAAACAUCUCAAACUAUGUACUCAUAUGAAGAGACUACAUAGGCACUUUUUACAGCUGCGUAUCAAUGUUAUGAUAUUCAAGUAUAUUAAUGCAAUCUCAUUUGUCCUCGAGGACCUACA